AUGCGGCGCCACGAGGAUUUGUUGGAGCUGCAGACGAAGAAACUGAAAAAGCAGAAGUCCAUCGCGGAGUGGCUGCGGCUGUACGCGCUGGCCGGCCGCGCCAGCAACGUGCCCACGAGCACGUUCGGAUCCGUCGUGUCCGGAGGCGUCGGUGCGCACGGGAGCAGCCUGGCGAGCGGCCCGCUCGCGAAGCACAUCGGGUCGCAGGGCGCGCGGCUCCAGCCGACCGAGUCGGUCUUGUGGUGCGUGCUCGGGAAAAUGACCAAUCUGCCCCCGAAGCAGGUCCGGGACGUCGUCGCCGACUGUUCCGCGACGCACGCGGUAAACCGGCUGACGCUGGCCGACUACUUCGGGGUGUGGAGCUCCGACUGCAGUGCGGUGCAGGUGGUCGACGCGAAGGCCGCGAGCUGCGCUGGGCACCUGAAAUCGAUUUUGCUGGGCAUGCCUCUGCACGAAUACAACUCGAAGACGGCGCGGGACGCGCUGCUCGGGUACAACCGGAAUAUGAUCGAUAUGGCGUUCUCAAACGUUACAUUCUCAACUGUUACAUGAAAUUGCAAUGCAAGAAUAGCACAGGUCAGAGGGAGAACCCUGCGCGUCUUGCAUUACAGAUUUGGUGCGGAUUCUAGUGCUAUUUAGCCCUGCGAGAAUUUGUCAUGCGAAGCGGCUUGAUCGUCUUGCGGCUCGUGGUCAUUUUGGAUGACAAAUCAUGUAACAGUUGAGAAUGUAACGUUUGAGAGCCCCAUAAUCGAAGCCGUGCAGGAAUCCUUCUCCAAGCGCGGCUGGGUCACGCAGUACAAGUAUCAAAGUGAAAAAUCCCCCCUCCCCAUAUCGAAAAGGUAUGUUUCCGAAAAUUUGUGUUGCUGAUUUGAGGUCGCAAAUCACGUUUGUAUUGCAAGAAGACAAGGGCAGAAGCUUCUGCCCCACUAUGGAAGCGAUUUGUCAAGCUGUUGGACCUAAAUGUGACCUGUUUGCCAUGCUGAGCAACUAGACCCAUGCGCCCCUCUACCUAGCCUGGGGAUCUGGCUGCGGUGCCUUUCUGCAAUACAGAGCUGAUUUGUUUACCCAAAUUCAGCAUCAGAAAUAUCGUUUUGAUAUGGGGAGGGGGGAUUUUUCCUUGCAAUAACAAGCGGAGCGGCGUCGCCGCAGCCCGGGCGAAGGAAAUGCAGCAACAGGCAUCUACGGGUGCUGGCGCAGGUGUGCCACAGGCUCCCCGCUCGAGUUCUGUCCUCGUGCAACCUGCCGCGCCAGAUUUGGGCGAUCGACCUAAGUGGAUGCUGUCGCACCGGAGCCGCCUGACGCUGUUCGGGAAAAGAUCCGACCUGCUUCGGUUCUCCGCGCAUUUCCGAUUCGCGCGCGACGAUUUCGAAGCGUCGGGAACCGUGGACCACUUUGAGGGGUCACUUUCCGGCGAGUACAUGGAAUGCGUGGCGCAGGUGCUGCUCAGCGAGCAAAGCGCGAUCGUCCAAAGGUUGGCAAAAAGGGGGUCCCCGGGGGUCGUUGGAAGCAGCAGCGCCUCGGCGUCUGGAAGCGAAGGUGGGAAUGCUAGUAAGUCAUCCGGAGAGCAGCAGGAGGAAAUAAAGGUCGCGCAGCUGCCAAAAGCAGCUGGCAAAGCAGCUAAAGCAGCUUCGAAGAAGAUGAAAAAAAAAGACGCUGCUUCAGCGUCCGCGGUGGCGAAAGCAGCUGCACCAACAGCUUCUGCAGUUAGUUCUAAGCAGGCAUAUGCGCAACCGGAGUUGCUCGAUGUUGAUUAUUGGGAGAAGGAGAAGGUGAAAGAGUUGAUCGAAGAGCUUGAAACGUACAGCAGCUCGGACGACGAGACGGGGUUAUAUGAGGAUGAAGAGAGCAGCAGUGAAGGAGAAGACAACCACGAGCAAGUACCAAGUACCACUACAGCUGCCGGGAAUAUCAAAAAGCCGAGGAAAGGAAGCGACGGGUCAAUAGCCGCAGGAACAAUUGCCCCAAGGGAUGUCGGCGAAGAUGGCGCGGACGACAGCGACGACCAGGAUGAUGGCAGCAGUACUAGCAGCGAAGACGGCUCUUCGGAUGAAGAAGAGAGCGGUAAUAGCGACAGCUCUGACGUCGAAGGGGAACGUAACCCACAGGGUAAAAAGAAAGACGCCGAGGAUAAUGAGACAGGAGGGUCAUCCGACAGUGAUAACGAAAAUUCCGCCUCGUCGGAAGAUGAAUCGGAACAGGAAAACGAAGACGAGGACUUCCAAUCUUCGGCAGAUGAUGAUGAUUUUUCGGCCGAGGAGGAUCUUGAGAAGGAGCAGUUCGCUGCGGGAAAUAAAAAUAAAAGCGGAGCAGGUCAUCAGCUGCAAAGUAACGAAAACAAACUACCUGGCGGAAAAAAGAUGUCCCGCAUCAAGAAAAUCGGGAAGGGCGUUUCUCUGCAUUUACAAACGACCAAAGACUUCCCACAGCUGGUACAGUUGGAUUAUCACGACAAAAACUUCACGACAAAAUUUGAUCUGGACGCGUCCGACAGCUUGUGGCUGCAGCACGAAGAGUCUUUCUGCCACCAGAUACUGAAGGACGAAGAGGCGCAAACCGGGCGCCCGGUGUUCGACGCAGUCGCGAGGAUGCGGAGGGUUUUGCCAACGAGUAAGAUCCACGACGCAUUGGAUCCGUACAACGCACCACUGGACUUCGUGCAGCGCGUCGCAAGGUCGCGCUUUGCUAGUAGUUCCGGUGCGGCGAUGAAGAGACUGCAGGCAGCUUCGAGUGAAGAGUCCUCGCCUGCAUCAGAACAACAGGUGGAUGAAGAAGGACCGGCCGGGAAGCGUCGGAAAGUGGAACAACAAACGAGACAAGCAGCUGUGUCUAGUUCUUCGGUCAUUUCUUCUGUUGUUGCGGAUGAAGACGAAAAGUACGAUGCGAUCGACGAAGUGAAACUGAGCGAGACCAACGAAUCCGUUCUCGCGAAGCGGUUGGUGCAGUUGGUGAAGGCCCGGGAGGCGCAGGUAAAAAUGGACUUUUCCGACGACAAACUGCUGGAGGACUUGGAGAAGCUGCGUCUCAUCGUCUGCUUUUUCCCCGGCACGCUGGUCGCCGACUCCAGCUACCUCUUCGCGGUGCCGGCGCACCUGGCAAAAAAGUACUGCCAGCAACGAACGAUACCGUCAGGAUUGGGGUCUGGCGGCGGGGCAGCUGGGAGUAAGCUCCUGCAGGAGGACCAGGUCCUCGUGCAGCAACAGCAAGCUACGGUCGCUCCGCAAAGUGGUCUUCAGCGAAACAAACCAAAGUUGCAAUUUGUUCCGGACGUGAAGGGUCGAUUUGCCCGCCUCUAUGGCGCCCCCGCGAUCAACGAAAAGUUCCUCCGCGAUCUUGCGACCAAGGUGCUCCAGAAGUGCAGCAAAAACAAAUUCAUCCAGGAGACCAACCUGAACCUGGAGAUCCUCCCCUUUACGUACAUCCCGCCAAGCGCCUGGACGAAAGUGGAUGGGUCGCUGAAUCUGCAUCUGCUGAACGUGUUGCAAGUGCGCGUGUGGAAUUUGCUGUCCAAAUGCCCGGGAAUGUCGGCCGACAACCUGGCACAGCAGCUCCCGUUUUUCGACGUCGCGGAAAUGCGCAUGUUGUUGACAGAUUUCCUCGAUGGAGUGGUGGACUGUAACGCGAGUGGCUGUUACUUCCCGAAACCGCUGCGCGAUUUGAGGAUGCACUUUUACUGACGAUGAUCAUAUAUGAAUGAUGCUGAUGCGCGAUUUUCCGUAUCAAACAAAGAGCUGGUGCCGCCCGCACGGCAAUCUUACCUGAUGAUAAUUGCCCGUGGAUCUCCCUCCUGCACAAUAUUAGCAACUACUCAAACCGAUGAAGACUUACUAUAGAUAUAGUUGGAACGGAAUGUAGUUGGGAAUCCCAAUCUCUCUGACGACCUUGACUUUAGCUACAUGCGAUCUACUACUCUGAUGUGUACAAAAAGGCCUUCGAAAUUGUUGUUCGCAGGGACAUGGUGAUGGUCAUGGAUUGUGUUCAUUCUCCGUCAUGCUCUUCUAGUUUUUCUGCCGUGCG